AUGGCCCCCCGCCUCGAGAACAAGAUCGCCAUCGUCACCGGCGCCGCAGGCGGCAUCGGCUCCGCCAUCGUGUCGCACUUCCUCUCCGAGGGCGCGCGCGUCGUGGGCGUCGACCUCGUCGAGCCGGCGCACAAGGCCGACGGUGUCGUGUUCGUCACUGGCUCCGUGGCCUCCCCUGACACUUGGGACAAGGCCCUCGCUGCCGCCACCAAGGCCCACGGCACGCCCACCAUCCUCGUCAACGCGGCUGGUAUCCUCGUGCAGCAGCCGUUCGCGGACACGACCCUCGCCAACCUCGACAAGGUGCUCGACGUCAACGUCCGCGGCCCGCUUGUCGGGAUGCAGAAGCUCGUCGCGGGGCUGAACGGUGCGCCGGGCGCCAUUGUCAACAUCUCGAGCGUGACCGCCGAGCGCGUCUUCCCCACCUGCGCAGCGUACGGCGUGUCCAAGGCCGCGCUGUCGACGCUCACGCGCUACGCGGCGGCAGAGUACGGCGCGCUCGGCGUGCGCGCCAACGCCAUCGCGCCCGGCGCGGUCGACACGCCCAUGAGCGCCGAGGGCCUCCGUGUCCCCCAGAACGAGAUGGGCCUCAAGAUGCACACGCCGCUCGGGCGCUGGGCGGAGCCCGAGGAGAUCGCGCCGCUUGUGGCCUUCCUCGCGAGCGACGAGGCGAGCUUCGUCACGGGGCAGGUGUAUGGCAUUGACGGCGGCUAUUCGAUUCUCUAG